AUGACUCUUGAAGCUUUCCAAUGUGAUGUCUGCUUUGAAUCCAUUACGCGAAAGGACGUGAAAGUACAUCUGCGGAAGCAUCAGGCCCAAAUGCUCGACCUACUGAGCCGAUUGCCUGACAUUACGCCAUCCGAUAGCGCUCAAUCCGAUGAAGAGCUUUUCAAUGCAUCUCGAUCACCAUAUCGCAAUCAAAACAGACGUUCGCACCCAGAGAAACAGCCUUCCAAGACCCGGCGCAGUCAAACUACGAGAUCUACGUUGUUCCAAUGCUCGAAAUGCCCACAUCAAUCUAAGCGACCGCACGACUAUACGCGGCACUACACUAGGCAUCACGACUGUAAUGUCACAUGUCCGCAAUGCGACCGAUUUUACGCGAAGACAAAUGAGUUUUUGAACAAGAAACAUUCAUGUGUCCAAAACCCAACGUCCUCAAGAAAGUUCUUCGAGAAAGGUCUGCGGGUUGCUAUCGAGUAG